AUGAUUUCACCAAAACCACUUCCACCUCAUUAUUAAGAAGUUAUAGAAGAAUUUCUACUACUCUUUCAAUUGAUUUAGCUGCAUAGUAACCCUAUUAUUUAUCCAUAAUCUAUUGAUUAUAUGAAGAUCUUAUCAAUAAUGGAUCACUUAAAUGGUAGAUUACAAGAUUCUAUUUAGAAAUAGCAGAAAAUUUGGUUUUUAUUAAAACUAGAAGAUGAAGAGCUUAAAAUAUGUUAUAAAAUAUUUAACAUGAAAUGUAGACAUAACCUUUAUGUGUAUAUUAUCAUAAUUUAAAAAAUGAGAGUAUAUAUACAUUCAUUUAUUUCUAAGACUCUUUUACAUAUCUUAGAAUAAGGGAAUUGGUGUAUUCUUAUUAUUUGGGGUCCUCUUGUUGAUGUUCCUUUUAAAGGGAUAAUCAGAAAAAGUAGAAAAUGUAAUUGCAAAAACAGAACAAAAAUUAGAAAUACAAAAAAAAGAAGAAAUGGUAUAAGAAAAUACUAAAAAGAUUUAAAUCAAUGAAGAUAUUAAAAAAAAGACAUCUAUUUAUAUUAAAGUAUUGAAUAUUAUAGUAGAUGAGCAGAAUAGACUAUAUAAAGAAUUGAGAGAUCAAAAUUAAAAAAAGAAUAAAAUAAUUAAUUGA